CAAUUCUCACUCUUUUUUUUUUCUUCGUUUUGUUGAUUUUUGUUUAUUGUCAACAAUGUCGUCGUCCACUGCACAAGUCGCAGCUCCCGCUUGGGCGCAGCUUCCGAAUCUCGCCAGCGACAAGGUCGAUACGAAAAUCCUGUUCACGACUGACGACUUUUUCGCCGUCGCCGAGUGCAUGCUCAGCAGCAAGGACCCCGUCUUCAUUCCCGACGCGUUCACCGAGUUUGGCAAGCUGAUGGACGGCUGGGAAACGCGCCGCAAGCGCACGCUCGGCCACGACUGGUGCAUCAUGCAGCUCGGCUUGUCUGGCAUUGUUAAGGGCAUUGCGGUCGACACGGCCUUCUUCACGGGCAACCAAGUUCCUCGCAUCUCGGUCCAAGCAGCUCGUCUUGAUACAGCUCCCACGCUAGUGCGCCGCAGCCAGGGCGGUACGGCCGCAACGACGGAAGAAAUCGAGGCUGCCGAACGUCUUGGGAGCGUCGACUGGACGGAAAUUCUUCCGCGCCGUGUCCUCCAGCCCGGCUAUCCCGAGACCCGUCAGCACUACUUUGACGUGUCCUCCAACGAGCGAUGGACUCACUUGAGGAUCAACCUCUACCCUGACGGUGGUAUUGCUCGUCUGCGAGUCCAUGGCCUUGUUGUGCGCGACUGGAGUCAAGUUUCAACCACCGACGUGCAGGACUUGGUUGCUGUUGAAAACGGAGGACGCGCGCUCUACCAUAGCAACUCGCACUAUGGCCGCUCCAGCAACCUCAUCAACCCUGGCCGCGCAGCCGAUAUGGGCGACGGAUGGGAAACUGCGCGCCGUCCCGAUCGGCCCGCAAUCUACACGAUGGGCCACGACGGUCACGUUGUCAUGCCUGGCAGCGAUUUUGCGGUGCUCAAACUUGGCCAUGUCGGCGUGGUUGACUCGCUCGAAAUUGACACGAAUCACUUCAAGGGCAACUUCCCUGAAAGCUGCUUUGUGGAGGCGUGCCUCAUGACUGACAGCUCCAGCGGUGAGGACGCUGGCGACGCGCUUGUGAUUGGCGACUGCGAACGCAAAAACGAGUUCCAGCGCACUGGCACGCUGGCCGCCAACGCACCCGCCAUGUCCGUCGAGUGGAAGACCUUGCUGCCGCGCACAAAGUUGCGUGCUCACGAGCAGCGCGUGUUUACUGUGGCCGACAACACGCUCGUCAACCCUGGCGCCAUUUCCCACAUUCGCCUCAACAUUUAUCCUGACGGCGGUGUGAGCCGCGUUCGUGCACUGGGUCGCAUCCGCAAGUAACAACGCGACCAUGUGUGCUGUUGGCUUUAUUUUUUGUUGUGUUUUCGAUUUUCGAUUCCCCCUUUUGUUUUGCUUUGGAAGAAACCAAAGAACGCGAGGAGUAAAAUUCCGAAAUUGCUAACAAGAAUCGAGCACCUUUCAAACCA